CCGGUUUUCAUUGAUUGUGUGUUUAAUAACAAAGCAGCUGCUGAGUAUCCUGUUGCUGUGUAAAAUGUUGCAUGUUGUAGUCUAACGUAUUGUCGGUAGUAGCAGUAGUGGUUAUUUGAAAUUUAAGUACGAAAUCUCCAUGAACUUACAAAAGUUAAACGCGAUAUUUGUUUGUGUUAGUGUGGCACUUAAGUUCUAACUGUGCGUACCAUGCUUCCCAUUAUUUUGUUAAUGUAUCAGCUUGUAAUGUGCUGUGAGCCAUGCUGGCAAGCAACAUGUAUGGACAGAUGAUUGACCUAAAGCUCAGACUGACAGCCGAAAGUGCCAUCGUGAGAACUCCGAAGUAAAGCAGGUUUUUGUUUACAAACCUCUGCAGUGUGUUACAUUUAACGAGAGUCCUGAGCAUUUUCCCGUUUUAAAAUGCAGCUGUGAGACGCAACACUGUGUUCCAUGACAGAACUGGGUCAUUCGUCAUGGAGAAGGAGGCCACGCAGCUGGAAAAGGACCAUGUUCAUGUUGUCUAUGAGAAGAUUGCUCCUUAUUUCAAUGACACCCGCUAUAAGGCGUGGCCAAGAGUGCGUCAGUUCAUACUCGAUCAGGAACCGGGAAGUGUCAUUGCUGAUAUUGGCUGUGGCAAUGGAAAAUAUCUUAACAUCAAUAAAGAAGCUUUUAAAAUAGGUUGUGAUUAUUGUCUGCCUUUGGUACAGUUAGCAAGAAACCAGGGUCACGAAGUCAUGGUGUGUGACAGCUUACGUCUUCCCUAUCGAGACGAAUGCUUUGAUGCUAUUCUUUCAAUAGGAGUAAUUCAUCAUUUCUCAACAAAGGAGAGACGCAUCAGAGCAGUGAAAGAAAUGGCACGCACCUUAAGAAUUGGAGGGCAGGUAAUGAUUUGUGUUUGGGCAAUGGAGCAAAAAAGAAGAAAGUUUGAAAAGCAAGAUAUUUUUGUUCCCUGGAAUCCUUCACCUCCUGCCCUACGGCCAUCUGCUAAUCAUAUUCCACAUAAGUCAAAGAAAUCAAAGAAGCAUAAAAUUAUUGACUCUUGUCAGAUGUUAGAGGGGGUUGAAGGUACUCGUGAGGCUCAUCGAAAGGCUAGAAGUACAUCAUCUGUGGAAGAGGAGGAAGGGGAAGGUACGCUGUAUACAUCAUUUGAAAAGUCGCUCAGGUUGUGGCUGUUUUCUAGGUCACUUGAUUCAGUAUUUGAUGUUGGUGAUGACAGUACUUUGCAAUCUCAGAAAGAGCUGAAUCGUUUUCAGCAUUUUGAGAGCCCCUUAAAUGAAAGAGGUACAGAACAAAGUAGAACAGGUCUAGUAAAACAGCUUUCUGAUCUGUUUACUUACCGGCAGAAUUCUGAAGAUGAUGUUUUCCAGUUUUCUACAGUCCAAGAUCCACCUAAGCAGUUUGAGUUAUCGCCACCUUGUUCGUACAUGUUAGGGAACAGAUCUGAGAAGACUUGCAGUAGCAGACCAUUGCAGCCCACCGCUGUGCUCCACAGCUGCAGCAAAGUCUCUCUGCCCGACCUUGUUUCACAUCAGGACUCGGCUGUGGAUGAGCAGGUUUUUCAUGAUGAUGCACAAAGUGCAUUAAACUUUCGUGAGCAAAGGAGUAACCAGAGUUUUAGCACAUCAUCUAUAAACACAAGAACUGAGCCUGACAUAUCAACAAAGAACAAACAGCAACAGCUAGUGAACACCGAUCCUGCCUGCCUUCGAUAUUAUCACGUUUUUCGGGAAGGAGAGUUGGCUGAACUCCUAGAGAAGUAUCUUGAUAAUUUGCAUAUUAUCCAAACAUAUUUUGACCAUGAAAACUGGUGCGUUAUUGCUGAAAAGGUUCAAGUCUGGAAAAUUUAAAUUUACAUUGUUUUAUGACUGAUUUAAAAUGUUUAUUUUAUGUAACCUCUUUUUAUUGUUUUGUUAUCCAUAACUGUGAGUGAACAUGUGCGGUAAAACUUGAAAAAACAUUUUAUUGUUAAUAUUUAACAUUCUGCACUGGUGAUGCUAACAUUCAUUACAAGCUGUUUAGCAUUUUUUAUUAUUUUUAUUUACAUUCAUUAAAAGCUGUUUAGCAUUUUUUAUUAUUUUUAUUUAAUUAACAGUAUAGAUGUUUUCUAGUUGCUAUUAUGCUUUUAACAUGUCAUGAAUUUUGUUUGUCACAUCAUUAAAAUGUUGCAGAUUUUUACAUUUUAUGUAAUGUUCAGUAAAUUUCUGAACCAGCAGCAUCAA